AUGUCCUCAUCCCCCCCCUCCCAAGCACACGCGAGUCCUGCGCAGACGCAACCCACCGCAAGCGAGCACGCCCAAACACCAUCCAACCCCUCCACCACCAACCCCGCAGAGACCACGACAGCCAACCCCACGAGCAGCACAACAUCUACCACCUCCCAAUCCGCGCAACCCGCCAACAACGACGAGGAUGAUUCCGAUUUCGACGAGUUAGACGAGGUCCUCGAUAACUUCAACAAACCCACCGCCUCCACGACCACGCAGCCGCCCUCCUCCGCCGCCGCCACGACAGGUGCAGCCACCGCUACCGCCACGGAGGAUGUCGAUCUGGAUGAGGAAGCUUUCCUCAAGCAACUCGAGAAGGACAUGGCUAAUUUGAUGGGCGCGGGCGCGGGUGAUGCCUCGGCGGCGGGUGGGAUGCCCGAGGGGUUUGGGGACGAGGAGUCCCUUGACAAGGACGCGGAGAUGUUCGCCAAGUUGCUCGAGGAGGGUGGGGUGUCUGCGGAGGAUUUCUUGAAGCAGUUGGUUGGGGAUAUGAUGAAGGGGGAGGCGGGGAGUGCGAAGGGUAGUGGUGGUGGUAGCGGCAGCAGCAGCGGCAGCAAGAAGAAGAAGAGUAAGAGUAAGAAGAAGGGUAGCGCUGGUGGUAGCGCUGGUGCGACGGCUGGGGAAGCGUCCGCGACGAAGAGUGCGCCUGCGCCUGCAGCGACUGAUGCUGCAGCUACCGCUACACCGGAGACCUUCAACGACACGAUCCAGCGGACGAUCGAGCGCAUGAAGGAGUCCGGCGACAAGGCGACGGCCGCGGCCGAGGAAGAAGACGACGGAGAUGAUGCGGACGACCUGGUGGCGCAGCUGAUCAAGGCGAUCGAGGCCGGCGCGGGCGGCGCGGGCGGCGACGGCGACGACGCCGACCUGACCAAGAUGUUCCAGGGGAUGAUGGAGCAGCUGUCCAACAAGGAGAUCCUGUAUGAGCCGAUGAAGGAGCUCGACACCAAGUUCGGCCCUUGGCUGGCGGAGAACAAGGCCUCCGGCAAGGUGUCCGAGGCGGAGCUGCAGCGCUACGAGAAGCAGGCCGGUGUCGUCGCCCAGAUCGUCGCCAAGUUCGAGGAGCAGGGGUACACGGAUGAGGAUCCCAAGUGUCGCGAGUAUGUGUGGGAGAAGAUGCAGGAGAUGCAAGCUUGUGGUAAUCCCCCGGAUGAGCUGAUUCCGGCGCCGAUGAUGGAGGAUCUUAUGGGUGGAGGGGCUGGAGCUGGGGCCGGCGCUCCGGACUGUCCGCAGCAGUAG